UAUCUGGAUUACGUCCUCUGAGAAGAUGUAGUUUGCAUAUGAUUGACGGUAAUAUGAUAUCUGUUUUUGCUGAGAGAUGGCACGCAGAGACUAGUUCAUUUCACCUGCCAUUCGGUGAAAUGACUAUUACUCUUGACGACGUCAGGGGUCUUUUGAGCAUCCCGUGUACUGGAGAGUUUUUCACACCUCCCGCAAAUGUCAAUGAAGAUUUGGCAAUUGCUGCUGCUGUUGAGUUGUUGGGGGUUACAUAUGAUGAAGCUGUCACUGAGACUAGGACCAAUAGAGGGGCUUCGUAUAGUUUUGAGUGGUUGAAAGAGGUAUUUUAUAAGAAACUUCAUGAACGAAGAUAUGACUGUGCAGCUAGGGCAUAUCUACUUCAUUUGGUAGGAUGUACCAUUCUUGCGGAUAAAAGUUUUACACUUGUAUCUGCAAAAUAUCUCUUUCUGUUUCAAGAUCUGGAUAGUUGUGGUAAAUGGGCAUGGGGACCGGCUGCACUUGUUGUGCUAUAUGACUAUCUUAGAGACAGUACAUUGCCUGCAACCAAACAGAUUGGAGGAUAUUUGUCUUUAUUUCAGACUUGGAUUUAUGAACAUUUCCCUGAUAUUUGUAAACGGGAUAUGGAUGAGCAUAUUUCCUCGAUGCCACGGAUGUUUCGUUGGACGGCAAAACAAACAUCUGGGAAUGUGGCAUAUUACAGGGCAAAGUUGGAUGCUUUGAGGGAUACGGAUAUUAUCUGGGCACCAGAUUACGAUCAGAACGCUGUGACACGAUUUCAGUCUGUGUCAUUAUUUACAGGAUGCAUUCGUUGGUGUUUCACGAUGGUUCCGUAUUUACCCGAGAGGUGCAUACGACAUUUUGGGUAUACUCAACACAUUCCUCCUACACCACCGAUGCUUGUUGCACGUGAUGUCGACGUUGAAUGGAGUAUGUACCGGAAUUAUGUACGAUCACUUCGAGCUAGAUUGCAUCCAGCUGCAUAUCCACAUGAGUGUGUUGAGGGAUACAUCCAGUGGUAUUAUAGGAUAUCUCAUCCUCGGAUGAUCCCUUAUGUUGCUGCAUAUGCUGGUCCUAGUUAUGAUGCUGAUGCUGGUCCUAGUCAUGAUGCUGGUCCCGAUACUAGUUGUACACGGUGUCACGCAGUUGGUGGUCUUAUACAGCAGAGUUUAGAUUUGCAUAUGGGUGGUCCUGAAGAUGAGAUGCGUGUCUUAUUGGAGAGAGCUUUAUAUAUUUCUAGAGGAGGAGAUUAUCAGUAGUAUCAUAGUUGUAUUAUUCAGACUUAUUUUAUUAUUCGUGGGUUAUUUGUUAUUCAGACUUAUUGUAUUAGCGACUUAUUCAGACUUAUUUAUUAGCGAUUUAUAUA